AUGACCGAUACGGUCGCAGGUCCUUCAAAAUCGGCACCAAGUGUGCCUUUGCAUCGAGUUCGAUUUGUGGACUGGGCACCUUCAUCUGUAUCAGCAUUGGCAUUCUUGCCUUUGACAAAACAGGUUCAAUCGGCAUCAUCGACUGCAAGAAGCAUUUUAGCCGUUGGAAGGGAAAAUGGGAAUAUUGAUCUAUGUGUUUGGGUUGAAGAUGAUGGUAUUGAUGCUUCAAAAUUGGACGACAGUCAAUCCAAUUCUUCUUCCUCGGCAAGUGUUGCAAAAGGUUGGGUAGUAGACACUACACUGGUUGGCUCAAAUCCUUCCAAAGUGGAUUCACUCGUCUUUGUUUUAUCGCCUACUGUACCAUACAAUACCCCUCGCUUAUUCUCAAGUUCUGGUGGGGCAAUCGUCACAGAGCAUUAUUUACCGCCUCAUUUGAUCAUGUCAAGUCGGGCACCCAGUUCAUCAGCUCAAUUUCAACAACUACCAGCUUCUAUUAGAAAAGAUAGCACUCUCAGCAAUGUCUCUCGAUCAAUUCCAUCUCAAGGUGGAUCAGUUUGGUCAAUGGCAGCUUCUCCGCUAGGGAAGCACCUCGCACUCGGAUGUGAAGAUGGGAUCGUUCGCAUGAUCGACAUUGCAGAUGGUCGCUUCGAACUUGCUUCAUACAGCAGAAGCUCGCUACGAGGAUCAGAUGGUGUUGUGAGAGGUAAUGUUUCACAACUUGAUAGAGCAAAAGCCCGAAUUGUUUCACUGGCUUGGGGACCACCUCAAAGAAAGGAGAAGGCUAAAAAGGCUCCAUUUGUACCUAUCGGCGGUAAGAAGAGACAGGAUGAUUCCGAUUCAGACAGCAGCGACAGCGACAGUGAUGAUGAUGACGAUGACGAAUGGGAUGAUUCCUUUGUUCUAGGAGGAACAGCACAAAGUCUUGCUUACGUUUGGUCUGCAAACACAGGUCGUGUGAUCACUAAAUUAGUGGUAGACAGAUCCCGAAACCAACAAACAAUCGUUUGGUCCUGUGCAACUUUGUUAGAUGGAACGUGCGUAUUGGGAGAUUCUAUGGGACAAGUUUCUUUUUACGAUGGAAAGAUGUUCACUCUUCUUCCCGGAGCAAGGUUCACGAGUCACGGAAAAGGUGCAGAUGUUCUAUCGUUGUGCGUUGGAUCAGAUGGACAAUGUGUGUAUAGCGCAUCGGUAGAUCAAAAAGUGGUGGAGUAUACAAGAGUUGGUGUCGCCAAACAAACGAAGUGGAUGAUUUCUGGAAAAAGGCGUUUGCAUGCACAUGAUAUUCGAGCAUUGGCAAUCGAUCCACCUUUUAAUCCCAAAUCAUUGCUCUCAUCUUCAGAUGGUGAUAUCAACCGACUACCGAUCUUGGUCAGCGCUGGAGUUGACUUUCACCUGACAUUAACGCCUGCUGCAUCACCAUCACGCGCCACCCUUAUAGAUACCACUCACCCCAAGCAGCAAUCUGAAUCGAAGGAGCAGGAAGAUAUUCAAAAGACAUCUCGCAUCCCGAAACAAUCACGGUUCGAUCAUAUCAAUCCAGUAUCGACUACUCCCAUCACCACAUUUGCUGACACGAUUCACCGUCGUCUACCGUUUGUACCUACAACAGGCAAAGGUAGCGCUUUGGGCGGUGGAAGCGUUAUACGUAUUUGUGCUGUAAAGAGAUGGGUCAUUUUGCGACGAGAAAAGUCGAUUGCGAUAUGGAAAUUGCCUUUGCAAGCGAACGCAGAGGAGGAAGAGAACUCUAAGAAAGUAGACUGGAAGAUAGUAUUGGAGAUGCAGAUUCGAGUACAAAGCAAUCUCGUUUGUGCAGAGAUCUCGCAAGAUGGCCGAUUCUUAUUCGUUUCGGAUUUGUACGAAUCAAAGUUGUUUGAGUUACAAGAAAAUGGUAAAGACAUCGUUCCGAAGCGGAUAAAGUCCUUCUCCACAAAGACAUUUGCAUCACAGGGAGUACAACAAGGUCCAGCAAGCAGUGCAGCCACCUUUACGCCCGAUCAUGCAAGGCUGGUGUUGGCAAGCUAUCCUGGUGCAUUCGUUCAUGUGGUUGACCUUCCAAGAUCUUCAGAUUCCCAAAAGUGCACUUUGUUGAAGAGCUUUGCAGAACAUAGGCAAGCCGCUUUUGGUCGAUCUGUAGCAGGAAAGGCCUCAGAUGGCGAAUCAGAGGAGACUUCAGAGGACAAGAACCAAAGUGCGAAUGAACCUCGCACCACAUUCGCACGUAUCGACACGAUCCAAGUCUCGUCUGAUGGGCAAUAUCUGAUUUCAAUUGAUGCAGCUAAACGUAUACAUUGUUACUCGUUGGAUACCCUCCAUCAUAGAGGUGCUUUACCUUCUCCUGCCCAUCAACCGAAUGCAGUAACAUUUGAUCCAUGGAAGCCGCACAUGAUGUGUUGUAUCUUGCCAACAAACCAAACAGUCGUAUACGACUUGGAACGUAGACAAGCAAACUUUACUGGAAAUACCUCAAAGCCAGCCACUUCAACAACAUCCAAAGAAAUGGGCAAGAAAGCCUUGAAAGCAGUGCACAGGAUGAGACAUAGAGGUGAAGAAGGUUUUAUUGCUGCACUAAAUGAAGAAUUGAUGGGCGUACGUGAUAAUGCGAUCGGAUUGUUUUGGUUAUCGCCUACCGUUUUGGCUGUUUGGGGAGCAACUUUUCUCUGUACUGCUAAGCGUAUUCAAAUUACUGCUGAGGGACAAAAUACCAAUGUACCACGCAACGGUAAACGUGCACAUCCCGAUGAAUCAUCCGUCGAUCUCACCAACGCCGGUCAACACGACCAACAAUCUGAUCAUUACUGGCGAGCAAGAUUGGUGACGAAAUAUCAACCUCUUUUGUACGCAGGCAUUGUACCUGGCUCCGCAUCAUCUGAAACAGAAUUGGUCGUAGUAGAAAGGCCUUAUUACGAUGUCGCAAGUUCUUUGCCUCCCACAUACUUCAGCGGGGCAUCUUACGGUACUUGA